CAUUAUGUGACGUGACAACAAUUUGUGGACGGAACAAGGUACAUGUUAUUGAAGAAAUUUUAUAAUUAUGAUUGUGACAGCGCAUCAGUUGCACGAUAAUUAACAGAUAAAAGUAAAAUACAUAUUUUAACGCAUUUGUCUUUUAAAAGGUACGUUGCAAAUUUGAGGAAAAACUCGUGGAGAGAAUCCUAACCUGGUCCUAGCAUUUAUGCACUGGAAAAAGUCUUAUUGUUAAUUAGAAUUUUCAAAUUCAAUCAGAAAGAUACAAAUCCAGAUACUCAUAGUAUCUAAAUCUACUAAACAUUUUUGUCGAGAUAACCAGAAACUCUAUAUUGAUAACCAGUAUUCUGAUUGAUAUAAGAAUUUGUUUUGUUGAUACAAUCUGAACAUUUUUUUCAAGUGUGUCAGAAAUUGUUUAUUAGUGGAGCAACUAUUAAAAUGGAGGAAAAUGAAGAUGAUAACAAUGAGAGUAAUAGCAACAGUAAAAAGAAGGAAGGCAAGCUUCCUUUUGGUAACAAAGAGAAUGCCAUUACGGUAUUGAAUGAUCUCUUUAAACAUGGACAGAAUCUUCCUUUUAAUAGUAUUUUGGGCACGUCUAUGGCCGAACGCCAAUCUAAAAUGGAUUCAGCGCUCGAAUUGACACAGACUUUCCUUAAGAAUAAACCUUCGAUAGUUGGCUGGUUACGUAGUAAUGUAUUUGAGGAAUCCGAAUGUAAUGUACCUAUGGCAUUGUUAUUCAUCGCAUUGUACGAGCAGCAUUCAUUGCCUCAUCAGAAGGAGACAGAAUGUGACUUUAGUGAAGUAUAUCAGUUUCUUUAUAAAAUGACGACGAAUCAGCCGGCACCACAACUUUCACGUAAUUCCGCGAUCGUAUUACACAAACUAUUAUCAGAAAUAAUAGAGGAGAUAUGGCCAAACACACAAUCGAACCUUCUGAAAUAUCUAAGUAAAAUACAUAUCUAUAGUAGAUCACCAAUUAGAAGAACAUAUACACGAAAAAAGAAUGAUGCCGGAUAAAAGAAAAUAGCAGAAAACUGUUCGUCUUAGAUCUAAUAAAAUGACAUAAAUCGUAGAUUUAUAAUCUUGAAUUCUCCAAGUUUUUUAAUUUGUUUUUUUGGAGUUUGUGUGAAUAUUCAAAAUCCUCGAAAGAAUUGUAAGACUUGAAAAUAGAUUACGAUUUUAUA